AGGAGCUGCCUUAAAGCCGCCACGAUCCCCUAGCGCCGAGUCCCGGCUCCCCCUGGGCUGGUGCCGCUUUAAGGCGGCGCCUGCGGCCGCCGGUCCCUGGGAAGAGGAACUGGGGCUACCACUGCCGGGUUGGGCUGCAGGCUGCCGCAGGGCCGCGGGCAGGAGCCGGGCUCGCCUAGGCGCGCUGCCCCGGCCCUCCUCCGGCGCCGCUUGCUGCUUCGGGACGGGGCUGGGCAGCCAGCGGCUCUUUGCAGGGCGCGCUGCCUCGCCCCCGCCCGCAGCGGGCCAGAUGCGCCCGGCGCCGCGCUCCCUCGCCCCGGCCCUGCCCCGCGCAGCGGGCCAGAUGUGCCCGGCGCUGCGGGGGCCGGGGCAGCCCGGCCCCUCCUCUUAGCGGCCGCUUGCGGGCAGCUGCCGCGGACGGAGAGGGCGGAAUUUCUUCCGCGCCAGGAUCCCCAGCCCGCCGCCGCCGCUCGAGCCCUGGGCCGGAGUCGGCUCCCCUCGGUAGCGUUGCAGCGGCGGGAGAUGGAGCCUCGCGGCCGGCCUGGGGUGGGGGUGGUUGGGCCCCAGGGCCAGCGAUGCCAGUCAUGAUAGCCCCUUGAUCCGCUCCCCCCACCCCAUCCCCAGCUCAGCCAUGGCUGCGCUGAGCCGCUUUCUGCACCCGCACACCCGGCACGGCGCCCCCUUCGCAGCGCUGGGGCUGGGCAGGGCUCCCCUCUCUGGAGCCAGGUCGUGCAGCGCCAGGGGCAGGCACCUGCGCGUCUUGGUGGACAUGGAUGGGGUGCUGGCGGACUUUGAAGGAGGAUUCUUAAAGAAGUUCAGGGCCAGGUACCCAGAGAAGCCGUACAUUGCCCUGGAGGAUCGCAGGGGCUUCUGGGUGUCGGAGCAGUAUGGCCAGCUGAGACCUGAGCUGAGCGAGAAAGCAAUCAGCAUAUGGGAGUCAAAGAAUUUCUUCAUUGAGCUGGAUCCAAUCCCAGGGGCUGUGGAAGCCGUGAAGCAAAUGGCUAAGUUGGAAAACACUGAUGUGUUCAUCUGCACAAGCCCGAUCAAGAAGUACCGCUACUGUGCUUAUGAGAAGUACGCCUGGGUGGAGAAGCAUUUUGGCCAAGAAUUUCUGGAGCAGAUCGUCCUAACGCGAGAUAAAACUGUGAUCUCUGGUGAUCUGCUUAUAGACGAUAGAUCAGAUAUUACAGGAGCCGAGCCGAACCCCAGCUGGGAGCACGUUCUCUUCACAGCUUGUCACAAUAAGCACCUGCAGCUGCAGCCCCCCAGCAGGAGGCUCCACUCGUGGGCUGAGAACUGGAGGGCGAUCCUGGACAGCAAGCGGCCACUGCACAGCUGGGCCAUUUAAAGCGACAGGCCCCUGAGGCUGCCCCCUUAGCUGAAUGGAGCCUCGGUGCGCUCUGUGGUGUCCAGCUCUGGGCUGAAACCCACAGACAGACAACCUUGCUGGGCAGAGUAAGGAGAGGGGCCCUGGUGGGGAGCGAUCGCAGCAGCACCAACCCCAGAGAACAGGGCCAAAGGGAGAUCGUGUUCAUUAAGCUAGAGGCUACUGGGCCAUGUGUGACUGGGCCGCCGUGAAGCAACAGAAGGAUUCUGGGCCCAUGCCACUACAGGAAGCCCUGUCUACCGUGUGUCCUCUUUGCACCCAGCUCUAUAUAACUCAGUGGCACCUUAGUACUGGCGUCUGGUGACACCAAAUGUAGUGUCUCCGAUGGACUCACCUCUCAGCUCGUUACCCAGCGUCCCCUGGACCUGCUUUGUGGUGCGGAUUAACUUUUGAAUACCCGCCCCCCCAUCUACAUUGAGUUGGAGCACUGGAUCAGCAGUUUGCCCUAGAGGACUGUUUGCCCUAGGGUUUGCCCUAGAGGACUGUCAACAUCCUUCCUCCUCCACCCAUCCUGACACAGAGGAGUGGUGUUCCCUUCCCUCAGUCCCCAGCCUGGCUCUUCUUCAUUCUUUGGCUCACCUGCUGUCACCACUCCAAGGGGAGCAUCUUCGUGCAGCAGCGUUCGCUUUUCCUCACAGCUGUGACUGUGCCUGCCGGGACUGCCUUGCAGGAGCGCAUGGGGGAGCAUUGUGAAACAAGGUGCUGGGGGGCACGAUCCCCUCCAGCCAAGAGUGCACAUCGGUCACAAAUAGAGGCCAAGGGAAAGGUCUCCUCAGAGGGCCACCGCACAGAAUCUCCGACUCUCCUGCCUGUCCCAAGGGGUAAGGAGGACUCUGCAAAAAUGCAACACACAAGAUUGACAGUGGCAGCGACCAGAGAGCAGCCACGGCCUCAAAGGGGAAGGGUCAACAUUCAGAGUGGGCAGCCUGUACGCUGGCUCAGCUGUGCUGCAUGUGACAUGAGACAGCAAGAUCUAGGCCAUGGCUAAGUACCCAUGUGAUCAGGCUGCAAGAAGACUGGCCCAGCAUCAAUAUGCCGAGGAUGGCGUUCCCCCCCGCCGCCGCCCCCAUGGCUCUGCCAGUAGUGUCCGGGUGAGGGGAGUGUAGACAGGGCCAGCUUUAGGAUUCUGGGGGGUUCCCCCUGAAACUUUCCUUUAAACUCAACCUCAAAGUAGCCUCCUCCCAAGCUGGUGUAAUAUGGUUCUGUCACGACCCAUCUUCCUUGAACAUUGACAGAGCAACACAACAAUGCCUGAAAUUCAGGGGAUGUAAUUAUCCUGCAACCUGGGCUGGUGAAAAUCAGGGACACGUUACUGAUUGGAGGACAGGGGCAACCCCACUUCGAUCAUCAGGGACCUGCAUCAGCUCGGUGAUGCCGAGGGGCUCAAACCGAUUUUGGAUGUAACCCGGCAGCACCGUCUUUAGAAAGGGCUCGGAUGGCGGCUGUGUGUUGGCGGGGGUCACUGUAGGGGGAGAUGAGCGUUCGCAACUCCUCCCUAGGGCUUCCUCAUUCCAGACGAGUGAGGCAACAGCUCUGGCCCAAUAUUUACUUCCCCCAGAGAUCAUAGGUACUGGAACAAGCCGCACCCACUGGCUUGAAGUGGUUUCCAUUGUACACAAGGUUUACAGUUUAGUUCAAUGGCUCUCAGCACCCCCACUAUAAAAAUGGUUCCAGCGCCCCUGCAAUAGAUUGGGGAGCCCCUAACUAGCUUGAAGUUAUCCAUGGGCUAUCACUUCCCCUCCCCCCACAGUGGUUUUGGAGGCUCUUCUCCCCUACUCAAGACUUUAUUCCUGGGAUGGUUGGGGUUCUCUGUCUCAGCUGUUAACUCUCGAGUGCAGCCCCUUGAGUUGAGAUGGUCAGUGUCACGCGACUGGCAUGCCUCUCACAGCUGUGCCGCACAUCAAAGACCAUUGUUCAACCCAAGCACCAACAAGUGGCUCUGCCAUCCCAUUAAUCCUUUCUCCAUAGGCUGGCUAUUAGGAAUGGGCAAGCUAAUGGGGCUGAGAAGAGAGAGGUGGAUGAAGUAGGCAUGAUCUAGCCCGAGAGGUGCGGUUAACAGCCUGAGCACAUGAUGGGGAGCCAGGAACUCAUGGGUUUUCGUCCUGGCUCUUCCAAUGAUCCAAGUUACAGGCAAAUCACUUUGCCUCCCUGUGCCCCGACUUGUAUAAUGGAUAUGUCAGUACCUCUCGGGGUGAGGAGGGGCUGGAACAACAGCCAGCCUCUAAAUCUUUGAGGUGUGUAGGCUAUUUCCUACAUACAUUGGGAAGAAAGGGUGAGUGGAGGAGCGAAGCUAAAAGACAUUGCGGUAGCCACAGUUCAUCACCAGGUGCCCGAGUGUGCUCUUCGGCACUGAAAUAAUUGACCAGCAGCACAGUUUGGAGGGCCCAGUGACCGUACACAUUGAUAAAGCCAGAGCCUGGGUGGGCCUCAGCAUUGGAGAUCCACCACAGAAUGGACAGAACCUGCCAUCGCAGUUGGAAGAACAAAAAGCUCAAGGCUGCGCUCGUUGGUAUCUCUCCUCCCUCCAUCAGACAUCCAGAAAGCAGAGGGCCCUGCCAACACCACAGACCUUUACUACAGGCCUGCUGUCCUUCAGAGAGGGGCUUCGUUAAGUGGUGCAGAACGUUCUCCUCGGAAGCCCCUUCCCUCUGCCAGGCUCAUCCCGCUCUGCGUCCGGAGCGUAGAUUACCACUCCUGAGACCCACGGGCAUUGCCUCCUGCCAGCAGAAUCUGGCCAGCCAGCCUGCGCAUUCCACACAAUACUCUUGGCAUUGAAAAGGAGAACCUCCCCCCACCACCCAAGAAUGGGACCUGUGGGUUCCCCUAAACUAAAGGCUCCCAGGCAGGAGGGCAGCCAGGUGUUUGCAACUCUUGGCCCUUUGCCUGCAGCAAUCACUCUUCCCUGCAAUCAAUCUUCGCACAUUUGGAUUCCCAACCUCUCUCCUUAGCAAAGCUGUAAAAAGCAGGUAAAGCCCGAAACCACAUGGUGCAUGAAAAAGCUGUUUCCCUGAUUACUGCCCGGUUGGCGUUAGCUCUUACCAAGAUCUGUAGGACCUGGACGUUGCACUGAACAAAGAUGGUGCUUCAGGAUUUUGCCCUUCCUCAGCUUUUACCACUGGGGCCAAACCCCAAGCUGUCGUGGGGAGCCAUAACUGCUGCUUGGGGAUUGCGAACGCUCACGUCUCCCGGGGUUUGAGCCCCUGUCUGCAGUGGGCGUUCUGCCUGAGGGAGGGCUGCAGGGUUUGGUCCAGCUUGUGUGUGUUACAGACUGGAAGGGCUGCCUUAAAAUUUAAACCACUGUGUACAUGCCUGGGGUGAUCAAAUCGGUAUUGUAGCGGCCUGGGGCCCAGCAAGGUUGAGCUGAGAAUAGUCUGGUUUUACAGUAUUUAACUUCUUGGGAUUCAAAGCUUUGCAUCCUGAACUGCUGAGAGAGAUCUAGACAGCUGUUGCUCAGUCCGAGCAGCCCUUCAGCAGCGACGGGCGGCAGACGGGCGUAGCUGGUGUACCCCACCCUCCGAGGGCAUUACAUUUUUUUCAGCACUGUGUUUGAUUUGUUAAUUGUCCCAGUUCUCCCUCCCAGUCCCCUCCACCCCUCUGGGUAAUGCUGUUAUCUGGAAGGGGUUCCUAGGGGGAGGACAGAGCUUACUCGGGGUUACAGCUGCUGUUCAGCAUUAUGGCCCUAGCUGCGAGUGUGACUUUGCUUUCUCAUUGGUUGGUUAUUUUUUCCACUUUUGAGGACAUAAUGUUAAGAGUGAAAUCAGGUUGGUCCUGUUUUACAGCGCCGGCACUUGGAAGAGGAAGAUGUUUCCAGGGCUAACAGCCCUGUUGUUCUUCUCUCUCUCACACAUAACGCGCACACCCCCAUCCACGCCUGGCUAUAAGCUGAACUGUUUGGACCAUAUCCUCAGGUGUGUAAAUCAGCAUAGCCAGUGAUGUUAGAGAAACAAGGCCAAUUUACACCAGCUGAGGAUCUGGUUUUUAAAAUGGUUACAUUGUUUUGCUCAACUGAGAUGCAGAGAAGCGUUUUUUUAGAUUGACCGUGUAUAAUAGAUCCACCCAGGAUCCUUGCACUAAAUAUUCAAUUUUGUUGUCAUUGCAGUUUAUAUAAAAUAGGGUUUUAAUAUUCCUGGUAGCAUACUAACCGUGAUAGAGGAGCGAUUUUUACCUCCAGGGCUCAGAUUACUCUGGAGAAGGGUCAUGUGGCACAAGCAACAUGCUACCGACCACUGCUGCUUUCUUUUGCCAACUACGUUCCAGCGCAUUCGAUGGAAUCCCCGUGAACGGAAAUAGGGCUGGUAGGAGGCCACUUCCUGUUUUGGCGGAGAGGUACGUAUCAUACAACAGGGAGGUAGGCAAUGCAAUCUCCUGGUUACGUUAUGGAACUGGUUGUCAGGACUCCUGGGUUGUCUUCCUAGUUCUGUCUGUUUGUCUAGGGUUUGGUACCGGGAUAUCGGAGCAUCAUUGCCACAGACUUGCCAUGUGACCUUAAGCAAAUCACUUACCCAUUCUGUGCCUCAGUUUCCUCAUCUGUAAAAUUUGGAUAAUCCCACUUACUUCACAGGGAUGCUGUGAGGAGGAGCGGGACAACGUCAUGUGCUUUGAGAGCCCCAGGCAGAACAUGCUCUGUAAUUUAUCAUUAAUGAUGUGCUUCCUCUCGGAUAGGCACAGGAAUCAAAUUGGGGCAGGAUGACCGUUUUGGGGCCCAAUCCAAGGAUGUUGUGAAAAUGCUGAUCUUUACAGCAAAUGCUUCUCAGUUCCCUGGACAUCAACAGAGAUGGGUCAGGACCAGACCUGCUGAAAUCCAGAGACAUUUGUUUGUCCCAUUUCUAGUCACCAGUGGUGGGUGGGUGUAUAACAUAUUGUGCGUAUCCUAUGGGGCGUCUACUGGAUACAGCUGCUGUACAUGGAGAGACUGAGUGGGCAAAACAUCCUCUUUUAGCCUACUGAAAUGAGGAAACAUGACAGGUGGUGGCCAUCUGGGCCAGUCUGGCACAUCCCAGGGAGCGAUAAGGAGCGAGGCCAGAAUGUGGAAGGUUUUAGCUGCCUGAAAAAUACAGCAUGAGCCUGUUCCCAAGCUGCUGGUGGAGACAUAUGGAAGGACUUGCCUCAGGGCCUAGCUGCUCUGCGAGGCACCGGAGAGUCUGUUGGACACGAUGAGAAAUGGGAUUUGCUUGUAAAACUAAAGGGUAAUAGUGCGGCUCAUGGGUGAGUUGGUGGUUGUUCCACUCCCAGGCUGACAGGGCACUGAGCGGUAGCCCUUGUUUUGAUUUGACUGAAUUGGAGGAAGAGCAAGAGGAGGGGGGAGUUCUCCUUCAGGGUGUCUUGGUCAAUGGACCCCAUCUUGGCAGUUAUUAAACAGUUACUCUCUGAAGGGUGGUGGGUCUCAGUCCCGACGGACAAGUGUCCACAUCACGGAAGCCGCGAGCACUGCUGACACUUAACCAUUCCCUUGUUAGCAGGCGCCAAGGCUUGAAUGUGCCCUGGGGACGGAACUCCCCUCACCCGUCAUGGCGGUAGCCAGGAUUGAGGUGGCAGCCGUGGAGGAAGGAUGCAUUAGUGCUGUGGCUAGAUAUCAGAGCCCAGCCAUCACAGCUCUCAGUGCAGCGCUAAAUUCACUUUAAAGAGAAAAUUAGAUUUGAGAUAGGGCUUUUUACUCUUCAGGCUCAGCAUCCCUAAUUAAAUAGAACAAGUAAUGAGAUUAAAACGAGGUUAGUCCAUUCCCAGGGGAGCAGAGAUAGUGGAAUCGAGGGGAUGUCACCGAGGGCUGAAUGUGCCCAUUAACCCGUUUUAGCUUUGAGAAGUAUGUUCCUGGGCAUUACCAGCCCUUGUUAUCACCAGCUAGCUCCAGUGACUGGCUCCAGGCCCCUGGCCUGAGGGCCAGAUUCUGCUCUCGCUUACACCAGGGUAAGGAGUAUCCCCUGAAGUCAGCAGUACUGCAGGGGUGUAAAAUGAGUGGGAAGCCAAGAUCAGGCUCCAUGGGUUUGAUUCUUAUCUCCUGUACACUGGUGUCGGUCACUGUAGUAAAUGGAGUGGCACUGCAGGAGGUGAGAUCAGAAUCAGGCCCCACGUGCUUCAAGCCAAAGCCAGCUAGCCUAGCCAUGAGGCCCCACUGUAGGGCCCAUGGGUGUAUGCAGGUGUCUUGCCUUGGUUAUGUUGGAGAUUUGUCAGUUUCAUGUUUUGGGCCUGAGAGAAAUGAUAUAAAAGGGAUGUGAAAACAAA